UUUAGUAUCGAUACUUGCUGCCAUCGCAAUCGCCAACGAAAUGAAAUCGUUUUUUUUGUAAUAUAAAAUCGGCUGGGAUAUUUAUGUGUAGUGUAUAUAUGUUCAAUAUCCAAUCAAUGUGAAAGUGUAUCGUGAAAAUAGUGAAUGAAAAUCGUGGCGGAAAAUGAAACGCGGUGAAGGCGACAACGCACAACUGGUGCUCGUUGUUACAUAAAAGGCAACCUCGCCCUCUCUUCGUCAUCAUCUCGAGGAAUUAUCAUCAUUAAUAUAUAGCAUCAUCGGAAACCGCAUCUCUGGAGUGAGGAAUAAGUGCAGGCAAAAGCAGAAGAAUCGAAGGAGGAGGAGGAAAAGAAGGAGAAGGAGGAGCACCACCUGGUCACCAUGAGCGUCUUCGACGACUUCCAGCGCUUGUGGAUGCAGCGCUUCCCGCAGAGCUCGCUAUCCGAUGCCUGGGAACAGGACGUGCGGGCGAGUCUCGAGCGGCACAAGCUGCGCAUCCUUGAGCUGACCAAGGAGCUCGAACAGGAGACCCUCUAUGUGGAGUACCUGGAGCGCCUGCUGUCCGAUGUGGAGAAGUAUCGCGCCUCUGGCGGGGAUCCCACGGCCCUCUUCGAGGCGGCCAGCGGAAGUGGUGGCACCAACAACGGUGGCACCACCAAUGGAGCACCGCCAGGCGGAGGCACCACCAAUGUGGACAAAGAGUUUAAAUCCAGUUUAAAUCUGCGCGAGUCCUCGACGUCGUCCGGCGGCAAGGACAAGGAUCGCCUGUCGCUCAACACGGACAACAAGUACACAACACACACGAAUGCCGCUGGCAGUGGGAGUGGCGGCGGUACGGCAGCGGGAGCGGGGGCGGGAUCCACCAGCGGUCCGCUUCACUCUGCCCCGCCGACGGGCAAACGGAUAGCGGAGCUGAAUUUCGAGCGAGAGGAGCGCGACAAGGACAGUGGCAACGAGAAGGACACCAACGGAGCUCUGCAGCAGUGCAUCACAGAGUUGGCGGCCUCGAUAAAAGCCCAGCCGGAUAAUGGGGCAUCUUCAACAGGAGGAGGAGGAGCUGGAGGAGCAGGAGGAUCAACCGAUGGCGGAGAUAAGGAGAAACAACCGCUGCGCAAAUCCACCUCGCAAUACGUCACCGUCAUCCAGGUGAAGGAGGCCAAAGAGAAAGAGGGCGACGAUGGAGGAGCCAGUGACCCACAGCAGUCGCAGCAGCCCACGCCGCCCUCAACAUUCGCUCGCUAUGCGGAGGCCAGUGCUCCUCCGCUGUCGCCGUCGCUCACCUCGUACGCAGCCCACGUGGAGGCCAAAAAGAAAAUGCCACCCAGACCUCCGCCAAAGAACAUUCGCCGCGUGGAGCCGCCCACCAUUCCCAGCCAGCAGCAGCAGCAGCUGUCGUCGUCGCCAAAAAGAGAGACUCCCUUUGUGGGCAGCUCGAUGCCGCUGCCCAGCAGCUCCGGCGGCAGCCUCUCCUCCGACAGUCCGGGCAAUUCGCUGGAGCGCAACAUCAAGCCCUCGGAUAUUCUGCGCCAGAAGUCGUCCGAGAAUCUGGAUUCCAAAUAUGCGGCGAAUCGCAAAACAACACCGGAGCUGGGCAAAUUUGUGAAUGUCAAUAAUCCUGAGCUAAUGGAGGAGCUGGGCCGCAAGAUGGUGGGCAAGACGGACAGUCUGGAGCAGGCCAAGCGGAAUGACUCCUCGCCCUCGGGCGGCGGCAGUCUGGGACGCACUGCCUCCACACCGGGGCGAUCAUUGACACCGGGACGAACGGGCGUCGGGGCCUCGCCCACGGGUAGCCUAAACAAGACCGCCAAACUGGCGGCAGCGGACAGCAGUUCGACGAGCAGUCUGGAGAAGAAGUCGCGCAACUGCCUGCAGGCCAGCGAUGCAGAGGGUGGAACGGGAACGAAUCAGCGGAGUGUGGGCUCCAAGGAGUCGCUGGCAUCGCAAGGCAUAUCAGAGGUGAUCAAGAGCUACGAGAGUGUCUCCUCGCUGAGUUCGGAAAGCGCCAAGGCGGCGGCGACGGCGGCAGCAUCCCAGCAAUCGGCGGCGGACAACGAGCCGUACUACGAUAGCGUGCCGCUGGACAACGGCGACGGGGAGUACGUGUUCAUCAAGCCCGGUCGCACCGGUUCCUCCUCCAGUCGCGAUGAUUUGUCAACGCCCGGCAGCAGCACUCUGCCGCUGGCCAAUCCGGCGGAUCCCGAAUCUCCAGGCAGGACCUCCAACUACGUCAACAUCGACUACUUCCUACAGCAAAGCAAUGAGACGCGGUCCAGUUCGCUGGACAGCGACGGGGAGUACGAGGGUCCGCCCAUAUUGCGCACCAUUUCCCACGACGAGCAGACCACGUCACAAACUACGCCGGGAGCACUUCGCAAGAACUUAGUUUCAGCGAUACUUGUUUCUGGAAAUGCCCGCGGUGCCAAAAUACGAUCUAUACUCAGCUCAAUCAUUCAGAGCGAGACGAUCUACGUGGAGUGCCUCAAUAAAAUGAUGCAGUACAAGAAGGCGAUCCACGCUACCCUGAACACAUCGCAGCCUGUGAUCAAGGAGGAGGAGGAGAACACGAUUUUCUUCAAGAUCGACGAGCUCCACGAUCUGCACACCGCCUUCCUGUCCGACCUGAAGACGAUCGUUUCCCACGAGGGCGGCGAUGUGCUGAUCGGUGAGCCCUUCCGUCGACUGGCCGAUAUGUUCGAUCUGUAUAGCGCCUUCUUGCACAACUACAAGAACGCCAUCGAGACGGUGAAGAAGUGCAGUGCGAACAAUCCGCAGUUCAAGAAGAUCGUCUCCACCAUAGUGGUCAAUCUGCAGACGGAGCAAUCGCUGACGCUGGAGGAUUUGCUGCACAAGCCAGUGGCUCGAGUGCAAAUAAAUGCCUUGGUCUUCAAUGAUUUGCUGCGCGAAACGCCGAUGGCGCAUCCGGAUCACCAGCCAUUGCGGCAGGCGCAAAAGAUCAUCCAGAUGUUCCUGAAUCAAUUCAAUGUCGUCAAUCAGCGGCUGCCCAGCGAAUCGAAUCGAAAUCUGCGACGCAUGGUCCGUAAUUCGUUCAUUGUGGAGCUGGUCGAUGGCCAUCGCAAGUUGCGGCAUCUCUUCCUUUUCAACGAUGUGAUCGCAUGCGCCAAGUACAAGGCACUGGGCAGGGAUCGCAUCGACUAUGAGCUCAAAUGGUUCAUACCACUGAAGGAGAUUUCGAUCAUCGAGGAGGCGGAUCCGGCGGCCGAACUGAAGGAAUCUAGUCCAGCGAACAUAUCGCAAGUGAAGCGCAAUUUGCGCUCCGUUCGAGAUCAAUUGGCCAUGGAGGUGGCGAACAGUGGAGGCGGCGGUGUGCGUUCCGGCGACAAGUAUCGCCGCAAGCUGGCCGAUCUGGAGUCACAGCUUGUGCUGGCCACGCCCAAUUUGGUGCUCCGGCUGGCCAAUAAGGCGAAUAACAAGACCAUGACCUUCUUCCUCAGCUCGGAUUUCGAGCGGACGCAGUGGAUCGACUCGAUCACGUCGCUCAAGCAAAAGUGCAACCUGCCCGGAGCCAAUACGAUCAAUUCGCUGGAGGUCACCGCCUUCAUUGUGGCCAUGCAGAAGGGCAUGAAGACUGAAAUGGGCUCGUAUCUGAUGCGCAACACCAACGACGAGAGCCUGCUGGUGGGAGAUCUGCACAUGGCCGUCCAGGGAUUGGGCGGCUUGGAGCAGGCGGCCGACCUGUACAUCUGCAUCGAGGUGGACUCUUACGGUCACUAUUUCCGCAAGGCCACCACCAAGAUGGUGUGUCGCAGUCAGACGCCGUUGUGGAACGAGAGCUUUAUGCUGGAACUGGAGGGCAGCCAGAAUGUGCGCAUUCUUCUCUACGAGGCCAAGGAGCGGCCGCUCCUGAGAGCCAAGCACAUACUCAAGUUGAGCCUCAGUUGGCUGACAGAAACCACGCAGCCGCGAACAAUUAAGCUUAGUGAGACCCUGGAGCUCGGCUGCAGCUUCCGGUUUGUGCCCGGCGAGCUAUGCCGCGCCACCACUAAGCCAGGAGCCCUCUUUGGUGCCAAAAUGAGUCAAGUAUUAAAACGCGAGAAACGCGACAUUCCGUUCAUCAUCAGUGCCUGCAUUCGUGAGGUGGAGCGGCGGGGAAUGCUGGAGGUUGGCUGCUAUCGCGUCAGCGGUUCCGCCUCCGAUUUGGCCAAGCUCAAGAAGGCAUUUGAGUCGGAUGCCUAUGAGGCGGAGCAGCUGCUGCGCGAAGUGGACAUCCAUUCGGUCACGGGCAUUUUGAAGACCUUCCUAAGAGAGCUGCCCGAGGCUUUAUUCACGGAUCAGCUAUAUCCACGAUUCUUCGACACAUUCAGCGCCUUUAGCAACAACAACGAAUCCACGCGAAUCAACGAGCUGCUCAAAGUUUUCGAGGAGCUGCCGCAGGUCAACAAGGCCUCCAUCAAUUCGAUUCUAGAUCAUCUGAUUAGAGUCCACGAAAAGGAGACGGACAACAAGAUGUCGCUGCACAAUCUGGCCAUGGUUUUCGGGCCCACCCUGCUGAGGCCGGGACAAACGCAGGUGAAGCAAAAGGAUCCGCUGGCCGCGAGCACCGUCGAUGUGAUGGCCCAGGCCGGGAUCCUCUACUGCUUCCUGCAGGCGCGCAUCAAGAAGGAUUAGGACUUUGGAACAGCCGUCUGCACAGAUAUACAUAUGGAAUAUAUAUAUAUAUAAACAUAUAUAUAUAUAUGCACAUAAAUUAUAUAUUUUUUUUACAUAGCAAUAGCGGUAAUACGAACGAAAUUCGAUGGAUAGCCUACGCAUACACCACGCCCCCACCUGUCAGCCACCACACGCCCCCUGCACAAAGUAUACACACACAAAAAAAACAGCUAAACACCUUAAAACCUUCCGGGAAACGCCUGAAAAAACACCUUGAAA